AUGGAAAUUACAAAAAGACAUUAUUUAAAAAGUGGAAAGUACGAAAGCUCACGUGUUAUAAUAAAAAAUUAUCAUUUCCAAACUUCAGGCGACGUUGCAUAUUAUGUUACCAAUUUGGAUGACUAUACAAUUAUAAGUAAUUUUGAUAUUACUAAUUUUAUAAAAGACGAUAUAGUCAUUAUACAAAAUAAAGGUUUGAAAAAACAAGUAAUUGGACCUAAGACUGAACAAAGCACUUCACCAUUAUUUCCACAAUUGAAAAUUUCAAGAAAGAAGCAUGACACAUCUACACAAAUAAGUCAAGCACAUUUAUGUAAAGCUACAGAAGCUUUAAAACGUUCAGGUAUAAAAUGUAUACCGAAAUCAAUACAUGUACUUUUAGAAAAACAUUGGAUACAUGCAGUGCACAUACAAACGUUCUCACGUGCGUUAAUAACACGUGCCCAACUCAGAGCACGUGUUGACGGUGGUCAAUUUUAG